UUUGUGGUAGUAGUGGUAGUAGUUAUAGUGGUAAUGGUAGAGGAAGUGGUAGUGGUAGUGGUAGUGGUAGCGGUAGUGUUAGUGGUAGUGGUGGUGGUGUUAGUGGUGGUUUUUGUGGUAGUGGUAGUGGUGGUGAUAAUGAUAGUGAUAGUGGUAAUGGUUGCAGUGUUAGUGGUGGGGUUUGUGGUAAUGGAGGUGGUAGUGUUAUUGGUAGUUUUAUAAAGGAUAGUGGUAGUGGUGAGGGUAUUGUUAAUGGUGAUGGCAGUGGUAGUGGUGGUGGUUUUUGUGGUAGUGGCAGUGAUAGUGAUAGCGGUAGUGGUGGUAGUGUUAGUGGUGGGGUUUGUGGUAGUGGUGGUGGUGGUAGUGUUAUAGGUAGUUUUAUAAAGGGUACUGGUUGAGGUAGUGGCAAGGGUAUUGUUAGUGGUGGUGGCAGUGUUUGUGGUGGAGGUAGUGGAAGUUGUAUUGGUAGUUUUAAGAGUAAUAGUAUUGGUGAGGGUGGUGGUAGUGGUAUUGAUAGGGAUGGUGGUAGCGGUAGUGGUAGACGUAAUGGUAGUG